AUGGCGUCCAUUGCGGGCAACAAUGGCGACAACCCCGCGCCGCUGUUCCGCGCAGUCGGCGCCCCAAACCCUAAUCGCGCUGUGGACUGGAUUCCAUCCAUUGGUGACCGGAACUUGGCUGACGAGAGCGAGACGGACGCUUGCAACCAACUACUCAUCCUGAUCACCGGUGGUCAGAACUUCAUGCUUGAGGGCAUGAACCUCAAAGCAGCCUGGCCGGAGAUGAAUUUCAUCGAGGAACUUGACGUGGGCUACUCCAACUACCUCAAGGCCAAUCACCCCAUCUACUACGAGCACAACAAGCACAGAAUUCCCAAGAAGAAAGUGUCGGCGGCCUCUCCCGCAGUCGGAGCAGCAGAGUCUCCCAAGAAGGACGCCCAGGUGGAGGACAUCGAGCCCCAGAAUGACGGACACGAGAAUCCAGCGGUUCCUGCCAAUGCACCCAACAUGCUCUCUCCGCUCCAACCGGGAGCAGCAAACCCUGGAACGCCCACGCCCACGCCCACGCCCGCGCCUAGUGCCCCCGUCGUGAACUUGCCACCCAGCAAGUUCGAGUCAAUGGUCUUGGCGGCAAGAAAGGACCUCAAGGAGUACUGGGAAGAUUGCGGAGGCGACAAGAUACUCCUCGACAAGGAUGGAUACCCUUUCGAAGUCCGAGUUCCCGAUCGAUUCAGUCCCGACGCGGCCAAAUACAUCUACCGCAACGCAGGACAGAUGGCCAAGGUCAACAAGAUGCUCGAUGCGAGACUUCGUCUUUGCUGGAUUGACCACGACGAGGCAACCUUCCUGGUCAUUGUGAAGAACGACAUGAAAGACGACUACGGCUACAUCGUUUCCUACCCAGAGUCUUGGAACGCUCUCAAGGCCUGGUCCCAGAGUGUCGCGGAUGGUCAGGUGGCAACUCUGGGUGAGUUUGUCCGAAGCCACAACGAGAAGGCCAGAGUUGAGGCUUUUCAAGCAUACAAGGAAAUUGCGGAAAAGGAAAAGCUGGCCGAGGCACUGGAGGAACAUGACGCAACGAUGGCCUCGUCUCGUCGUCAAGCCGAGAAUGAGCAGCUUUGA